AUGGCGGGCGGCGCGGGCUGGGCGGGCGCCCCCGCGGCUCUGCUGCGCUCCGUGCGCCGCCUGCGCGAGGUGUUCGAGGUGUGCGGCCGCGACCCCGACGGCUUCCUGCGCGUGGAGCGCGUCGCGGCGCUGGGGCUGCGCUUCGGCCAAGGCGAGGAGGUGGAAAAACUUGUGAAAUACCUGGAUCCCAACGACCUGGGGAGAAUCAACUUCAAGGACUUUUGCCGAGGGGUGUUCGCCAUGAAAGGGUGUGAGGAACUGCUUAAGGAUGUGUUGUCGGUGGAGAGCGCAGGGUCGCUGCCCUGCACACCGGAGAUCUCAGACUGUGUGGAGCAGGGCAGCGAGGUGCCAGGCCUGACCUUUGCUGAUGGCGAGCUCCUCCCCAGGGACCCCGGCUUCUUUCCCGAGGACGAGGAAGAGGCUAUGACACUGGCCCCACUCGAGGGCCCCCCCGAGUCAGACAUGGACAGCCCCAUGGAGAGCACCCAGAGCCUGGAGGGGUCAGUCGCCGAGGAGAAGGACGGAGGGCUCGGGGGCCUGUUCCUGCCAGAGGACAAGUCCCUGGGCCACACACCGUCCAUGACCACGUCAGACCUCUCCACACACUCCACCACCUCGCUCAUCAGCAACGAGGAGCAAUUUGAAGACUAUGGGGAGGGGGACGACGUGGACUGUGCCCCCAGCAGCCCCUGCCCCGAUGACGAGACCAGGACCAACAUCUACUCGGACCUGGGAUCUUCAGUGUCUUCCAGCGCGGGGCAGACUCCUAGGAAAAUGCGCCACACCUACAACAGCGAAUUGCUGGAUGUUUACUGCUCUCAGUGUUGCAAGAAAAUCAACCUGCUGAAUGACCUGGAAGCCCGACUGAAAAACCUGAAGGCCAACAGCCCUAACAGGAAGAUCUCUAGCACAGCCUUUGGACGGCAGCUCAUGCAUAGCAGCAACUUCAGUAGCAGUGAUGGCAGCACUGAGGACCUGUUCCGGGACAGCAUUGACUCCUGUGACAAUGACAUCACGGAGAAGGUUAGCUUCCUGGAAAAAAAGGUGACCGAACUGGAGAAUGACAGCCUAACCAAUGGGGACCUGAAAAGCAAGCUGAAGCAGGAGAACACGCAGCUGGUGCACAGGGUGCACGAGCUGGAGGAGAUGGUGAAGGAUCAGGAGACCAUGGCCGAGCAGGCCCUGGAGGAAGAGGCGCGGCGGCACCGUGAGGCCUACAGCAAGCUGGAGAGGGAGAAGAGCACAGAGAUCGAGCUGCUCAACACCAGGGUGCAGCAGCUAGAGGAGGAAAAUGCUGAGCUCAGAACAACAGUGACCCGGCUCAAGGCACAGACGGAGAAGCUGGACGAGGAGCGGCAGCGCAUGUCCGACCGGCUGGAGGACACGAGCCUGCGGCUCAAGGAUGAGACUGACCUGUACAAGCGCAUGAUGGACAAGCUGCGGCAGAACCGCCUAGAGUUUCAAAAGGAACGGGAGGCGACGCAGGAGCUCAUCGAGGACUUGCGGAAGGAGCUGGAGCACCUGCAGAUGUACAAGCUGGACUGCGAGCGACCGGGCAGGGGUCGCAGCUCGUCCUCCGGCCUGGGCGAGUUCAGCGCCAGGGCCCGCGAGGUGGAGCUGGAGCAUGAGGUCAAGCGGCUCAAGCAGGAGAAUCAUAAGCUGCGGGAUCAGAAUGAUGACUUGAAUGGACAGAUCUUGAGCCUCAGCCUCUAUGAAGCAAAGAACCUCUUUGCCACCCAGACCAAAGCCCAGUCUCUGGCUGCAGAAAUAGACACAGCCUCUCGUGAUGAGCUCAUGGAAGCCCUGAAGGAGCAGGAGGAGAUCAACUUCCGGCUGAGGCAGUACAUGGACAAGAUAAUCCUCGCCAUCCUGGACCACAACCCCUCCAUCCUUGAGAUCAAACACUGAGACAAGGGCUAGCUGCAGAGCAGCCUUGGGGACUCAGACCCCCGGACCCUGGGACCAAGGGGCAGACCCUGCUUGGGGAUGCAGCCCAAGCUGGGCCACGCACGCACUCGAGUGGGCGUGCGCGCGCGCGCGCGCACACACACACACACACACACACACUGUAAAUGUAUCUCCGGCCACCACGUCAUGUGUACUGGUGUGUAUGUGGGGGAAGCCGUGCACACAGCAAGGGGUGAGCUUGGGGCUGUGGGUGUGGAUGACAUCUGUGCCCUUCCUGUCCCCUCAUUCUGUGGCCUGUCUGCAGGGGCAGAUAGUCCUGGAUGUGGGAGGGGCAAGGUCUGCGAUCGGGAGUUACUUUAAUAACAAGAACUGGAAGAUGGCGUAUCAGAAUCUGGACAAAAAUGAUUCUACCUCUGGGGAGGAGGAUUAAAACAUGCUCUAGUGAGACAAGCUCUUUCACACCAGUCCCUGUUCCCUCCGGGAGUGGGAGCCGAUGUCUGAUCUUUUUCAGGAACUCAAAUGCCCGACGACUACAUCCUCCCCAACCUUUGACCACCUUUGAAGCCUAGGUGCUCAGGCCCUCCCAAGCCCCCUCCCCAGCUGGCAGCCCCCGCAAUCCUUGGGCACUGUGUGUCCAAAGGACUCAGGCUUGCAGAGGCCCAGCUAGCAUGGGGCGACCUUCAUUCCAAGAGUUCUUGGUAUUUUUAGAGUUCCCUGUACACUUCCCAAUCCCCGCUUACCUACCUCUUUCUGUUUCAUUUUUAAGACCAUGAAAAAUAAGCAGCAUUUAACUUGGGUGUACAAUAAAGGGAUUCAAAGGAAGGAGCCGGGGGACACCGGGGGGGUGGUCUACAGUACGUGUUGGCAUGGGCCAUCCAGAGACCUGCUUUUCGGGGAGGAGCACGCUCACUCCCCUGUUCAUUUCCUUCCUGCUGCUGCCUCUUGGGAAAAGUGAAGCACGGAGGGACUGUUUCCAUGGCAUCGGUGGGCUGGGAGUGGACCUUCCUCGCUGCCCAGCUCACUAGACUCCACAAGGCCUGGGGAUUCUGAGCUCUGGUCUUGGCUCAGCUGGGUGUCCCCCACCCCCACCCCUGACCCUGGGUCCCAGCUUUUAGAAACACUCUUGCACUCCAUUCUCAGCCCUGCGAGGUGUGCUGGUGAGAGACACAGUUGGACACUGUAUGGAAACCUUAGCCUUCCAUCCGCAGUGUCACGUAGGGGAAAUGCACCCUCUGGAUUUUUAAUGCGAUCUUUUGUCUUGGGUAGCUGGAAGUAGAUAGGGUACUUUGAGUUUUCCUAUUUGUUUCAGUGGUACAUGGCUUGUGAUUUGUUUCCUUAAUCCGAGUAUGUAUAAAUAUGUAUGGUCUUAUUUUUUCCCCUGCAGUUUCUUGUUGUCUUCCGCAAUUCUGGUGGAAAAAGGAAAGUCUGGGCAUGUUGGGGAGAGGCCUUGAGGGGUGUUUGCAGAGAAGAGAGGACAGUAGAGGGUGGAGAGGGGCUUGGGGACUGGGGGAUGAAUGUUUCCUGUUCACAAAGGCAGGACCGGUCUUCACUCCGUGCCGGUCAGCUUCUGCUGCUGUUGGAUGGCGUGGUUUCUCUCUAAGCCCAUGUGUGGGCUUUGUUUCACGCCACAGAUAAUGGGGCUGCAUUAGUCUGAUUCAGGACUUUGGGGUCACCCACCCCAAGCACUAGGGCAUUUGGUCUUCUGGGGAGUCUCUCAAGCCCAUAGGACACUGGUGUCCUUGGGCACCUCCGGGGGUCUGAGAAGCAGCAGCAGCAGCAGUAGAAAGCAGGAGGAGUGGGUCUCUUGAGAAUUUGCUAAGAGGCGGGAAUGGCCCCCAACUAAAGGAAAGGAAAGAAGAUGUAUCAUGACUUGGCUUUAGUCUGGAUUUUCCACUGGAAGGAGUCCUAGGGAGGCCAGCCACGUCAAGGUCCUGGUGCAUGCAGGACUCACCCCAGGGGUGAGCAUUUUAUAUGUAAAACUUUCUGUGCCCUUUAGCUGCACUGAUACAGAAUUCCAGAGAAGGCCCCAGAGGCCUGGAUUACACAGUCACUAUGGGGAUGGGAAUUUCUGCUUUUAGAAAAGUGGGUGGAAAGCCAUCGACUUGCAGUGUUUUGCUGCCCCCUUCCUGAAGGGGGCGUUUCGGGAGUGGCUUCCCUGAGGAAGCCUGAGUCUGAAAGGCCCCUAGGGACCGUCCUGGUGCUGGGCAUGGGGGUCUCUGGAAGAGGGCCGACUUUAAAGUGAGGCAAAACUCCACAUCUUCACCCAAGCGUCACCCAUCCAACCUUCUUCAGCCGAAGUUGUCUUAAGAAACCUAGGCUGUCAUUCCAGUUGGUGUUUCUAAGUGCUCUUCCAUGCGUGAGAGCUAGUCCACGGGAGGCCCAUGCCCCAGAGUCCCGGCCCCUGGCCUCCAGCAAGGGUUCCCAGAGGUCCUAAGUCUGGGAGCAGGUGCGGCAGACCCCGCCCCCUUCCUGGGCUGCCCCCUCCUUUGUCUGUUGUCUGGUUGGGAGGUCUGCCGCAGCUGCCAGGUGGUACCCACAAUGCCCCACUUGGUGUGCAUUUCAGGCGAACAGAGCAGACCUCCCAGGAGUUGUUCUGUUCCGCGCAGUACUUGGGACACGUCUGAAAUGGAGAGAUUUUAAAAAUUCUGAUAACCCAGAGGUUCAGUGUCAUUGGUGUGGAGUGUGGCCCGGCUGUUGGAAUGUUUGAAGGACUCCCCAGAUGAUUGUAACUUAACUGAGUGCCCUAGGUGUGAUUUGUUUUGAUUUGUUUUUGUUUGUUUGAUUUUGCUAAACCGGGCAACUCUACCAAGUAGGGAUUAGUAGUAACUCUUCCGAAGUUGUGAGGUGUUUCGGGGGCACCCGGAGAGGGUCCUUCAACAGACCCACAUUUUACACGGCACUUGACUAUCCUUAAUUCGACAGAAAGCCAAACAAUUUGCAGAAUCAGUGAGUGAGCUUUAUAAAGUUCUAGUAAAAAAAAAAAAAAAGUACAUAUUUUAAAAUUUGAAUUGGCCAAGUUAGACAUAUUAUUUUAAGCUUGUAGAUUCUUUGAGAAUUGUCAGAGGGAAAUUCCUUUAUUUUGACUUUAUUUCUCACCAUUACAAAAACAGAGCCCAAGAACCUCCCAGAGCACUUGGACCGGAAACAGUGGUUUUCAGCUUGGGCUGCGCAGUGGGAUAACCUGGAAAGAUUUUCGAAAUUCCGCUGACUGAGUGAACCGGCCGCCGCCCCACCCCACCCCAAGAUUCCAAUUUAAUUGGCGUGGGUGUGACCCAGGCAUCCAGAUAUUUAAAGAGCUCCCCAGGCCAUGCUGAUGUGUAGCCCAAGGUGGAGACUAGAAUGUUCCGCGUCAGGGGUGGAGAAAGGGGGAAGAACUGGCUGCAGGGUUUGUUAAUCCAGGUGCUACCUUAACGGUGGGGGUGUUGGUGGUGGCUUUGAUGGGUGGUGAGAAGUGAGCAGAUCCUUCACCCCAGCAUGGGAAGCCAGAUGCCUUCAGGAACUGGCGUAUCCAGCUGUUUUCCGCAGCCUGGGGGUAAGCAAACCUGCGUGGACAGGUCUCUGCCUGGUGCCUACAGAAUCGCACACGGGCCCAUUCUGGAGUCAGGGGUCGGGAAGGGCUCUACCCCUGACGACAGCCCCAGAAACAGUCCUCUACUUGCACAGCCGAGGAGGGGACGCUUGCUGGCUUUGUGGGGUUUAUCUCUGAUCCGUUUUCAGGCUAGGUGGACGAGCAUCCCCCCAGCUCUUCCACUGUUAGUAGCCAAACCAGCAUCCCGGCCUAUGUUCUGGAGGCUCUGGGGCCCUCAUCUGCUGGCAAGUCUGGUUCCUGACCCUGUCAGGUCUGGCGGUCAGGGGGUGUAGAUGCUUCCGUUCCAAUAAAGGGCUUGAUAACCAGCAGAAACCUGCAGGGGCUAGUGGGGCCUGGUGGCUCAGCGAGGAAUUAAGCCACUUUUUGUGCUCUGUGGCUCUGUGUGUUCAAUGCAUUAGCAAAUUUAAACCUAAAAGCCAGGGAAGUUUGGGGAUGGUCACCAUGCCAAGGAAAUGACUAUUUGCCUGGCAGGUCCACAGUGACUCUGAAAGCGCUGGGGAGGGUUUUAGGUUGAGGACUUCAGUGCUGGCAUUCCCCCCAACCCCGGCCGUGCCUGCUGAGGGGGCUGUAAGCCAGAGGGGCCACAUACCCCCCAUGUGACUUCAGGUUCCUUCCCUUGGCCUGCUGACCUUUGGGACCUUCUGGGCCUGCCCUAGCCUUGUGGCAGAACAGCUCUAAGGCCCUUCUGCCACACUCUGCUGCCUACCUGAGAAAAUCGGCUGCCUUCUGGAAAGGCUUCUAAAAGCAUAGACCCUGGUGAAGUGUGAUGUCAUAUGUCACUCCAAUCUUGUAAGCUCCUCCUCUCUCCCUGGGACUGUACGGGGAGGGCUAUCUGCCGCGUGAGUGGCACGGCCAUGGCCGCCCAUGCAGGCUGCUGCCUGAGGGAGACUGUGCCUCCUGUCGGGCCCCUGGGGAGGGGGAGACUGCACCUUCUGUUGGGCCCCUGGGCCGGGGGUUAGGGCUGUGCCUCCUGCCAGGCCCCUGGGUUGGGGGAACCUCACCUCCUGCCAGGCCCCACUGCUUUGCUGUGCUGCACAGGCCUUGUUUUGUCUGCAUGGUUUGGGGUCGUCGUCCUUGUGCCUUUUUUCUUCCCUGUCGCCACUGUACAGGAGUUUCCAUGUCCCCACUGCCCCUUUUCUAUAUCCUCUCUUUUCCUCUGGUCCUUCCCAAGCUCUGUAAAUGUGUACAUAGUGCCUCCACAGGCCCGGAGUGCUCCUGGGCCAGCCCCACCGCCCCCACCCCGUCCCCCCACCCUCCCAACCCCCCCCACCCUGCCGCACGCCUUCCCCUCGGCUUGCUCCACCUUGCAGACUCGGUAACUUUGUACAGAACUCUUUUCAUUAUGGUCUUAGCUUCCAGGGCUUGGACCCACUAAACGCCUCCACCCCUGGCACCCCCGUGCGGCCCACCGCUAGUUUAGAAGCCUUGCACACCAGAAAAGGGUAACUUUGUGUAACGCACCUUCUCCCCCAAACCUCUUCCUGUAUUGGUGUCAAUAUUUCUAGAGAGCGGGGAGCCCCUUCCUCUCUGCGGGCCCUGGCCCGGGGCAGGGACGUCAAGGGUCUGCAGCAGCGUCCCCGACCCUGGGGCAGGGAAACUCCCACAGGGGGGCUCCCAGUGCUUGGCAUUCAGCCGCCUUCAGGAUCACGGCUGCCUGGUGUCUUGAACAGCCUUGGACUCCACGUGGGCAGAAAGAAGAGGUGUCUGGCUGCUGCUCUGGUGGGUCACUAACAACAGCCGAGCUCUUCCUCCUCUGCCCAAGGUGCUCAGACCCGAGUGCCAUUAAUCCCCCCGCUGCCUGGCUGCGGGCAACGCUGCCGGGGGAGGGGGGGGGAACCUUGUUGAGGUCUUGCUCACGGCCUGCCAGCUCCCUCCAUCCCAGCCCUUCCUGCUCUCUUGGUUAGGUUCCUGGGGCCCAGACUGGAUAAGGUGCACAUGUGGCCUCGUGCCCAAGGGUUGAUAAGAGAAGCUUUGACACUGUGGGAUUUUCCCUGAGUCUCACCCCAAGAGCCUCCAUCUGGAAGCAGGCUUAGCUCUGGCUCUGGGGCAAGACAUCCAGCCCCAGGGGAAGGGGGAUGGGGAAGGCCCAAAUCUUUCCCCCCCAGGGCCUCGAGCUCUCUGCCCACUACCUGCUUCUAGCCAAAAAGGAGCAGGCUCUCAGAGGCAGUCUCCUUCAGGAACUCUAAUGUACAGACAAAGGUGUAAAUAAACAGUUUGCUUUUCCUGCCUGA